AAAAAAAAAAAAAAACUCAAGCUCUCACAGAAUCAUUCCAUCACAAUAAACCCUAAUUGGCCCGAUCUCUUCGUAAUUGCAGACCCUAAUCGAUCGAUGGCUCGCGGGUUUAGCGGCGUCAAGGACGAUCUCAUCGACAUCCGCCGCCAUCUUCUCUGUGCUCUCUGCUUCUUUCCUCCGCUCGCCGACGAUGGUUCCGAUUCUCCUCCGGCGACGCCUCAUCGUCAGAGUCGGAACCCUAACCCUAGCCCUAGGCUCUGGAGGAGGAUAAGAGAUGGUGAUGGAGGGGUGAGGGAGGAUCUUGUGAGAUUCGUUAGGGACAUGGAUAAGUCCCCGGAGUCGUGGCUGCAGUUCCCGUUUCCUGUAGAUGAUCAUUUUCAUAUGUCAAGUAAUCAAAGAGACCAUAUUGCAAAUGUCGAACAUGUGGCUCCAAGUUUAGCAGCACUCAAGAUAAGUCUUUGUCCAACUGUCAUGACUGAGCAAAGGUUUUGGAAGAUAUACUUUGCACUUUUGCAUCCAAGGUUGAAUUAUCUUGAAUCUGAGUUUUUAUCAACUGAACAGAUUGUGGAAGAGAUGCACAUGAAUUUGAAGAAGAGGAUGCACGCAGCUGAGAGCUCUUCCCUGAUGAAUAAUGACAAGGAGAUCAAUACUCAACAGAAUGAGCUUAGUCUACUGAAUUCUAACUCCCAGAGUCUUAUAGCUGAGAGCUCUUCUUCAGUAAGUACCAAGAAGCAAGCAAAAAGCUUCGAGUACAUUGACAGGUGGUUUGAUACAUCUCUAGUUCUGAGAGAAACUGAUGCUUCAACUGAACCCGGACGACAACUUAGCAGCAUUAAUGUCAUUUGCUAUAGUGAACCGCAAAAUACUGACAACAUUAUUUUGCCGAGUGAGUAUAAAGUUUUGUCACGGGUAGAGACUGAGCAGGAUUUUUCUUCAAUUUCCUCAAUCGAGCAGUUACUAUGUAGGAAAAAGGCGAAUUCUGAUGAGGAGACAAGUGACUGGCAUCCAGUUGAGUAUAACAGUUCCGACUAUGAUAUUGUAUCUUGA